GUUUCACAUUAUGCACGAGAUCUGCGUCCAAGCCCAAGUCCACGUGGCAGCGGACGACCCGAGCCAUGUGCCCGAGCAUCAAGUGGAGCGCCUCGCAACAUUCGCACACGUCAUGAAGGACAAGGGCCUUGACGUUGAGUUGAUUCGUGUCGGGAAUGACAAGACGACGACGCUCACUCACACGUACUUGCUCCUGCUUGGGAUCAGUGCGGCAUCCGUGGAGGAAAAGAUCGCCGCGUCGCUCCCUGACGAGUACAAGUUUGUUCACACACUUCCUGGGUCAGCGCGGACGCAGCAGGUCAUCUUGGCGACGUUGCGUGAAGCGACUGUGGACGACAACCUUUACCUCGGCGAUGAGAAUCUCGAGUUGGCGUUCCAUGCGCAAGAAAAGUUGUUUCCGCAGCUUCAAGCACACCUGAAAGUAUCGCUGUUUCCCCUGCACAACGAAGACGCACGCCAUCACUUGAUAAAAAAAUGGCAUGCAGCGCCUCUGUAUGCGAUCCCUUUCGAAUCGAUUCACUCGUAUUUUGGCCCUGAGCUGUCCAUGUACUUUAUAUGGCUCGAUUUUUACACGCGAUUCCUUGUCAUUCCAAGCGCAUGCGGCGCCGCAUUAUUCGCGAUGGAAUACUGCGGCAUCGCGACGUCAGUCUACGUGUGGCCGUACACGAUCCUCUUUGCCAUCAGCACAUCCAUCUUUGUCGAUGCGUGGAAAAAGACACAGCGCGCCACGGAGUUCACUUGGCAGUACAUGCCCAUCGACGACACGUACAGCGAGCCCAGAGCGGCAUUCGUGGGCGAGUGGAUGCAAGAUAGUAUCACUGGCGAACUCGUAUUUGACACCCCGCACUGGAAGCGCAUGACGACUCGCCUAUGUGUGACGCUUCCCCUCGUACUCCUCAUGUGCUCCUUUGUCCUGCUCUACGUCUUGGGGCUCGAGCUCUUCUACGACCACAACCGGCACUGGUUUCCCAUGUGCUACGAUCGACAGGACGAGAAUGACACGACUAUGUGCGGGUGGAUUCUGCAAGGCCCUAGUGUCUUGAAUGCGAUUCUGAUCGAAGUGAUGGAUAUGUUGUACUUGCGGUUGGCGCGAUGGCUCACGAAUUUGGAAAACUACCGCACGGCUGCCGAGUUCGAAAACCAACUCAUCAUCAAGCGCAUGCCGUUCCAUUUUAUCAACAUCAACGCGUCGUUGUUGUACUUGGCAUUCGUGGCGCAAGAUAUGGAGCGCCUGCGCCGCCGUCUGUGGAUUCUUAUGGUCGGGAUGCAGUGCCUCGACAACGUGAAGGAGGUUGCGAUGCCGUACUUGAUGGUGUGGUUGCACGGAGGGCUUCAUUCUGGUCACGCCAACGAUCACGUCCACUCGACCAAAGAAGAGCGCGUAGAGCACAUCCUCCUGCAAAAGCAGCAGAGCCGCUACGCCGACACGUUCUCGGACUUCAAGGUGAUGAUCACUCGCGCGACCCUGAUGGCUCAUGCACCUUUGCAGGAAAUGAUGAUCCAGUACGGGUACGUAACCCUGUACGCCCCGGUGUUUCCCCUGGCGCCCCUCUUUGCGCUCCUCAACAACGUCAUUGAAGCCCGAUCCGACCUGUUUAAGCUCGUCAACGUCUACGGCAUGCAGCGGCCGUACGCAAAGCACGUCCACGGCAUCGGGGUGUGGGAACGCGUGCUCUUUAUGAUCUCUAUCGUCGCCGUCCUGGUCAAUUGUGGUCUCUUGGGCGUAUACGAACUGCCGAAGCUGGCGCCGACGUUGUCGGAUGUGUACAAGUGUUGUUUGGUCGUGGUAUGCGACUCCAUCUCGUUGUGGCCUUGGUUGUAUACUCUGACACACGAUGUGUAGCUGCUGGAACACGUCGUGCUCCUCAUCAAGUUGUGCGUGAACUGGUCGAACAAGGAAGCUUCUUUGUGGACAGCAGCCGACCAUCGGCGCAAGUACUUCGAUUUGCAAUCCAUCCACAUGAAACAGGCGCUUCAAAAAGCAGCCUAACGCUGAUGCAAUCGAUUCACAUGAAGCAAGCACUACAAUGAGCAGACUGACGUUGAAUUCAUGCAUCAAGGGUACA